AUGAAAGCCAUAACCAACUUCAGCUACCCUAGAAACAACAGCAACUGCACCAGUGAUAACAAGAUCAGUCAAGUCAUUUUUCCUUUGCUUUACACAAUUCUGUUCCUGGUGGGCAUCACCAUGAACGGCCUGGCCAUGUGGGUCUUUUUUAAAAUAUCCAGUAAAUCCAAUUUCAUCAUCUUCCUCAAGAACACCGUCAUUUCUGACUUGCUCAUGACCUUGACUUUUCCGUUUAAAAUCCUUAGUGAUGCAAAGCUGGUGUCGUGGGUACUGAGAGGAUUUGUGUGCCAGGUCACCCAGGUGGUAUUUUACUUCACCAUGUACAUCAGCAUUUUAUUUCUCGGCCUAAUAACUAUUGAUCGCUACCAGAAAGCCACUUCUCCAUUCAGAACGUCAACCCCAAGGAGCCUUUUAGGUGCCAAGAUCCUGUCCACAGCAAUCUGGGUCUCAAUGUUCGUCCUUUCAUUGCCCAACAUGAUUCUAACGAACAAGAAGAAAACGCCUAAAAAUGUCAAAAAGUGCGCCCUCUUGAAAUCCGAGUUCGGUUUAGUCUGGCACGAAAUCGUAAACUAUAUUUGUCAACUUAUCUUUUGGGUUAAUUUAGCGGUCAUAGUUGUAUGCUACAUACUCAUAAGUAAAGAACUGUACAAGUCCUACAAAAGGACAAGAAGCACAGGAAAGGCAUCCAAAAAGACUGUAAAUCUGAAAGUUUUCAUCAUUAUCGCGGUGUUCUUCAUUUGUUUUGUGCCGUUCCACUUUACCCGGAUCCCCUACACGUUGAGCCAAACGAGAGACGUUUUCGAAUGCUCUGCUCGCAACACGCUGUUCUACCUGAAAGAGAGCACGCUGUGGCUGACGUCGCUGAACGCUUGCCUAGACCCCUUCAUCUACUUUUUCCUCUGCAAAUCGUUUCGGAAGUCCUUGCUAGGCACGCUGUGCAAGCACACGGCAUCCUCAAAGCUCCGAGCCCGGAUGAAGGAGCAGAACGAAGGAGACGACACAGACGAGACGCCGCUCUAG